AUGUCGGUGUCUGCGUUCACAGUGAUGGCGUCGGCGAUGGCGGCCGUGCGCGUCGUCUCGACGGCGCCCCGUCCGCCGGCCGCGGCGGUGGCUUCCGACUGGAACGUGACGGAACAUUACGGAUUGCACGGCGGGGUCAGGCUGUCCGACGUGGUGGUCUGGCGGAACAGAGCUUACGCGUGUGUACCUCGGCUGGACGGCCGGCAGCCGGUCACGCUGCUGGAACUGCCUUGGCCCGAAGUAGCUGACCCGACGGCCGCCGCCGACCCGACAAGGAACUGGAGGCCUCGGAAAACGUUUCGCGCCGACCAACAAAAACUGCGCCAUUGUCAGCACGUCCAAUCGGCGGUCGCGGUCGACUUAGACAAGAUCAGAGGACACCUGUACGUUUUGGAUGCAGGAUACGAAGAAUGUCAGCCCAAAGUGGUGGUUUACGGCUUGAAAGCUUUCAAAACGGUUCAAUUGGCGGAACUCGGAGGAGCGAACGUGUCGGACAUGUCUACUUUGGCUGUGGACGCCAGACCGUUAAAGGGAGAGACCAGAGUUUAUAUCGGUAGCAGGAGAGGAGGAUACAUCACGGUAUUCGAUCCGGGAGAAGGCGGUUGGCACAGAAUUUCCCUAAGCUCUCUCGAUGGGGAAAAUGAAGUGCCCGUCGAAUUUUUGGCCGUCUCCAAGCUCCAGUCGUUAGUUUAUUUCACAUCGGCGCUAUCCCACAGCCUGUAUUCCGCGUCUCUGAGGGAUCUCAGGAAUUUGACCUCUUAUGUCAAGCCCGGAGUAAAGAGCGGCGACACGAUUCCCGGCGAACUUCCUGUGCGUUGCGAGGGCACCAAACUGGGAAUAUCCAGAGGGUUGUACGUGGACAUUCAAGGUGGCACGAACUACGUUUACGCCCGGGACUUUGCGGCUGUCAGGUGGACUCCCAGCAUGGGUUUGUCGGCCGAGAAGCAUACGGUGAUGUUACAGUCUCGAGAUCAGUUGCCGGCCGUCGUCAAAAUUUGUGCAGACAAUACUUACUUGCAAGUAUGGGCAAUCAAUGGAAAACCCAACGCCGACCAUCGGUACACGGUCAAAAUUAAUACGCUUAACUUUUGACGGGGAUCGAUUUUGAGUCGAACAUGUGCCGGACACGGAAGAAGUCCUAGAAGUGGUUUUACACAAGGUAGAGCAGACCUCGCCGCAUCUUAAGAACAAAAAUCCCAUCAGAGUUUUAUUUUAUUUAAAUUUACAUUUAUUCAAUCGCUUAUGCCAUCUCUGCUUAAAAAAAAUUGUGUAGCCUAUCUAUUGAUCAUUAGUCGCGCACUACCUUAUUGUGCAUUAGGAACAACUAUAACUAAUAGUACCAAUCAAACGUAAGA